AUGAAUAAGGGUCUUUCUAAGCGUGUUUUGUCCCCGCUAAAGAGGACAGCCUCAGGCUCACUUAGUUCAAUAGAGUCACUGCCGCCAAAAACCGAGGCUCCGGAAAAACUGCGGACCUACAAGGAUUUUAUCAACCGAACCAUAUUUACGAUUGCCAUGGCGUACGUAUUUCUUGUACUCAUUUCAUUGGGUGUGGAGGUGGUUAUUCCGCUUGUCAUUGCCAUUGAGUGCACAAUGUUUUACGAGAUUACUAGAAUAAACCAGCGUGCACGGAAGGAUAGGCAACUUGUAUCAAUGUUUGUCUUGAAGCUUUGGUUUCUGGGAUCGACCAUAUUUUUAGUGACGAGUCAUAGCAUUCGUGAACCACUGGUCGCGACAUUCCCAUGGCUUUUGAGGUAUUACGCCAAUUUUGGCAUGUUUGCGUUUGGCUUGCCUAUGAUUGGUAUUGUAGGAUUCGUACUAAGUCUGCGAAAAGGCAUGUAUCGCUAUCAGUUCAUACAAUUUACAUGGAUUGUAAUGACUCUAUUGUUUACCGUUAUACAAGGUGGGAUUCAAAUUAAAAACAUGAUGCGAGGUAUGAUUUGGUUUUUGCUUCCUGUAAGCUGCGUCGUGAACAAUGACAUUUGGGCCUACGCAUUCGGUAAAAUGUUUGGGAGAACGAGGCUUUUGGCUUUGUCACCCAAAAAGACAUUGGAAGGGUUUUUGGGCGCCUUUCUCUUUACAAUGGCAUGGUCGUUUUGGUUUGCCGGGUUUCUUGGUUAUUUUCCGGAGCUCUAUUGCCCAAAGGUAGAUUUUCAUUCGUCAAUGCAUUGCGAAAAGGAUCCGUUGUUUGUCCAGAGGGCAAUUGUGUUGCCGUCUUUUAUUCAAAAACUAACGGGAAACUAUUUAACGACUAUUCAAUGCUCCAAGGCUCAGCAACAUGCCCUUGUGCUUGCGGCGUUCGCGUCCUUGUUGGCCCCAUUUGGCGGGUUUUUUGCCAGUGGUUUAAAGCGGGCGUUCAAACUGAAGGAUUUCGGUGACCUCAUCCCCGGUCAUGGUGGCAUUACAGAUCGCAUGGACUGCCAGGGGAUGAUGGGGGUUUUCACCUACGUUUAUUUAAUGAGCUAUGUGUAUUCCGACGCAAAGUGUCCUUCUUUGCAUGAUUUGAGCAGUUGCGCCUUGCGAUUGAGUGAUGAAGGGAAAAUUAGGCUUAUGCGACUGCUGAAUGAAUCUCUAUCAAAGGGUUUCUAA